AUGCCUCCCUCCGCACCGCCUCGCGACGCUUCGCCCGCCGUCGGGACGUCCGCGGCGAGCGUGACGCCGCACCGAGUGGCGCUCGCACUGCUGCUGCGCCUCCUCGCGGGCCCGCCGCACUCCGCCGAGCCCGGGCUGCCUGACGACAUCCCACAAACGUUUGGCCCAAAAAGCCCCCCCCAAGGUUACCCACAGCUUACCCCCUGGGGGGAUACCCCGGGGUCCUUGUCUAGCAAGGACGUGCAGCGGCUGAAUUACCUCGGUUACGCUGAUGAUACCACGCUUAUCCUGCACGGGGGGGAGCAGAUAGCUAAGGCAGAAGAGAUUCUGGAUAAGUUCGAGAGGGCGUCCGGACUCGUGACAAACGAAGGGAAAUCAGUCGUGUUGCCUUUGGGUGCCAAUCUGGGUGCGAUCGCGGACGGGUCAGCAGAGUUCAAGUGGGCAGGCGCUGACGACGUAGAACGCCUGCUGGGGGUAUGGGUGUCGCCAUCUGGAAGUGGGGUGAAAACGUGGGAGAAGGCAUUAGAGCGGAUUGCUGAGAAGCUGAUUCAGUGGCAGCAGAAGUACUUGACGACCACGGCGCGUGCGACAGUGGUAAACCACUAUAUCAUUCCGAUCAUUUCGUUCCAAGCACAAGUGUACCCGCCGUCGGUGGAGGUCUGUGAGGAUCUCGUCCGACUCCUGCACAGCUUCACAUCGGGUAACAGAGCGUCAGUGGCGAAGGGUUUCAGACUGUGGAGUAAAGAGCUGUUGUACACAACAAGGGUGGGUGGGAUCGGAGUCCUGGACCCCGAGAUCAUCAUCACCUGCCUUGCGGCGCGGAGAGUCGGUUUAUUCCUUACGGAAGGGGACGUGUUGAAGAAGGAGCUGAUGGAGUUAGCGGCAGAACUUCCUCUCGGAGCGGAUUCAUUCGAGGCCCACGAGAAGCUGUUCAAACACUGGAAAGGGCGGAGUGCACGGUGGAAUCAGACCUGUGAAUGCCUCUCCCGCUCGCCGCUGUGUACGAGGGUGGCGGCCGGCACGAGGGAGGAAAUCCUGCUCGAACGAGUGGUGUUUAACAAAAACAUCCUCCUACGGGGCACCACGCCGAUUGGCAGCCAGAAGGCUGCAAAUGAGCUGUCUGAUCUCAGGCUUGGGGAGCUGUUCACAAGGGAGGUGUCAGGGGAUCUCGUGCAGAAAUCCAUGGCGGAACUUGCAGAGGAGGUAGGGAGCAGAGGUGCUGCAAGGCUGGCGCUGAAGGCUCUGGGUUGCCUGCCUGCGUUCUGGUACAAGCAACUAGGGUUUCCAACUGUGCUCCCUCGUACGGUUGACUCCCCUCCGCAGCUGCUGAUUCUGGAUGGGGAGUAG